AUGGAGUUUGUAAAAGAGAACCAGACAAACGUGCACAUUGUAGAAGCACUCAGAAAGUCGCUGCCAGACAGCCUGUCAAAAAAUACAGAAAUAGAGAUUAGGUUUGGAGUGAUAAUGGAAAAGUCGACACAGAAAAGGCUGGCCAUUAGAGCUCUGCACCCGUGCGUGAUUGAAAGAACAGACACGCUCUGGUUUGAGGCCUCUCUGUCGGAAAGCGACUUCAAAAGCAUGCAGAAACACUUCAAAAAAACUUUUGAGACGUUUGAGACAAAGCUGAUAAAGGACACUUUAAUGAAAGGAGUCAGAAGGUCAGAGACAAAGGAGAUAAACGGCAAGCCUGUGAGCGUAGAGUCCGUUCUUAUCAAAAAAAAGAAGAUGGCAGCAAUCGACAUAUUCUGUCCUGCAAAUAAAUACGACAUAAGGAUAGGAAUAAGCGAGGAAAUCGUGCAAAAAGACAAUUUAGACGCACAGACGGGGUUCAGCGUAAGAGAAAAGGCCAGGACAACAUACGACCAUGCGCUCUUUGUGGUGGAUGCCACCGAAGUGCACUCGGGCAGGAGUGAAAAACACACAAACCUAACGUAUGAGAUAGAGAUAGAGGCCAAAAACACUGAGUAUGAGAAAGAUAGAUUCAUUGGCAUAGUAAAUAAUUCUAUCGAUGUUGUUCAUAAAGUUCUUAAAUAA